AAAGAUCAUUCUACGUACUUCUUCUAUAUAAGUGAGAGAGAGCCUCACAUAAAUGAAUAGAAGUCCCCUAAUAUUAUUACUAAUUAUAACAAGAAUAUACUUAUUAUCUUAAGAUGAGGUGAUGUACGCUGACUCAUCAAGAGGAGGACUCGAUUCGACGGGAGAAGUGAUACGUGCCGAGAUUUGACUAGUUCACCAGAGUGCAAAACCAAAAGAAACGAAAAUGGGGAGGAUGACGUGGUUCGACGCCAACGGGAUGAAGAAAGGAGAGUGGACGGCGGAGGAAGACCGGACGCUCGUCGCGUACAUCAAAGUACACGGUCUCGGCAACUGGGGUAUACUGGCUAAGAAAGCAGGUCUGCCAAGAUGUGGAAGGAGUUGUAGAUUAAGGUGGCUGAAUUAUCUGAGGCCUGGGAUUAAAAGAAGCAAGUUCACUCCUCAGGAGGAAAACGAAAUCAUCAAGUACCAUGCCCUUAUUGGAAACAGGUGGGCAGUAAUAGCUAAGCAAUUGCCGAACCGAACAGAUCAUGACUUCAAGAACCAUUGGAACUCAUGUCUUAAAAAAAGACUCGCUAAAGAAAGAAUCGAUCCAAUGACACAUGAGCCAACAGUUCUGACCGUCGAAGCCACGUCCUCCUCAACGACGCCGCCUUCUUCGACACCGCGCACUACUUCUUCUUCUUUUUCCUCCACUGGCUAUGCACGUCUGCUUAACAAACUCGCUGCUAGUAUCGCUUCGAGAAAAUACAGACUCGACAAGAUCAAGAUGGUGAUAUUCUCUGAAGAACCAAGAGAAGCCAGUGAUAAAGAGAAGAUGCUGAUAACCAUGGAAGAUGAGGAUUUGAUUGCUUGUUUUAUGGACUUUGAUGAGAACCUGAGUAAGGCGUUGUUUUGUGAACUACCUUGUCAUGACUCUACUCCUACGCAGUGCCAGCUUAGCAAAUUUGCUGAGGGUGCAAAAACAUAGGGUCCAAGGGUUCAAAAAUAUUUUACAUGUUAAUUUUUUUAUAUUUUUAAAAAUUAGUAUAUAUUUAGGUUUUUUUAAUGAUAUAGCAAUAGCACUGGAUCUAGAUAAAGUUUGAGCUGAGCCUGCUCCUACGACGACUGGCUUAGUGGCUUUUAAUGCUACUCAAUAAUUGAGCUAUAUUGUACUAACGUACUAGUAUCCCAGAUAACACCGCGAAGCAAGAAGAAGUUGCGCAAGUAGUCAAAGUUCUCACCUAAUUAGUUAUCUAUAAGGCUCUCAAUGAUAACGUGUGAGACAAUUGCGUGGGAAGUGCGG